AUGGCUAGCAGCUCUAGAAACACUACUAAGAACUGUGUAGCACCUCUUGAUUUUCCUGAUGGAGGACUGCCGGUGACGACCUCUCAAAAUGGAGGACUGUUGGAAAUAGGGGUAGCUAGUGCUACUGCCCUGGAGAAUGGUGUGGCCCAGACUUAUGGAUGGAAGCUGGCCAUGGAGGGUGCCAUGGAGGGCAGCAUACAUUGA